AUGAAGGCUCUCAUCCUUGUGGGUGGUUUUGGUACGCGUCUUCGUCCACUUACACUUACACUCCCGAAACCUUUAGUGGAGUUUUGUAAUAAACCCAUGAUACAGCAUCAAAUUGAAGGUCUUGUAAAGGCAGGAGUCACUGAUAUUGUUUUAGCAGUGAAUUAUCGACCAGAAAUCAUGGAACAAAUUUUAAAAAAAUACGAAGAACAGUAUAACAUAACAAUUACAUUUUCUGUCGAGACUGAGCCAUUGGGUACUGCUGGCCCUCUUGCAUUGGCUCGAGAGAUUUUGGGAAAAGGUCGUUCGCCAUUUUUCGUGCUUAAUAGUGAUAUUAUUUGCGAAUAUCCAUUCGAUCACUUGAGAGAUUUUCAUGCCGCGCAUGGAAAAGAAGGCACAAUUGUUGUUACUAAGGUGGAAGAACCAUCAAAAUACGGUGUAAUUGUUAAUCACUCGGGCACCACAUGUAUCGAACGUUUUGUUGAGAAACCUGCAGAGUUUGUAAGCAAUAAAAUUAAUGCUGGUAUUUACAUAUUUAAUCCGGAAAUAUUGGAGCGCAUCGAGUUAAAACCGACGUCAAUCGAAAAGGAAAUAUUCCCGCUAAUGGCACACGACAAACACCUACACGCCUUCGAACUUGACGGUUAUUGGAUGGACGUUGGCCAACCAAAAGACUUUUUGACCGGUACCUGUAUGUAUCUAGCAAACCUCGCAAAGAAAAAACCACAACUACUCGUCAAUCCCGAGUGUGAAUUCGUGUACGGCGGGAACGUGUUGGUCGAUCCGACGGCGAAAAUUGGCAAAGAUUGUCGAAUUGGGCCGAAUGUCACGAUUGGGCCGAAUGUAGUGGUUGGGGAUGGGGUGCGGUUGCAACGGUGUGUUAUAUUAGAGGGGGCACGAAUUAAGGAUUUUGCGUGGACACGUCUUGAAGGUGUAUCAGUCUUGGGCGACGAUGUGUCAGUAAACGACGAAAUCUAUGUGAACGGCGGAUGUGUACUACCUCACAAAUGUAUCGCCAAUAAUAUCACGGAGCCGCAAAUUAUCAUGUAG